CACAGUUCCAUCGUCCUGUCGAGGGCUUGGCAAUUUCUUCAGAAUCUAAAACCAGAGUUCUCCAUGUAGUUCAUCAUCAGCUUACAAUUUCUUCGCGGAUCUCGUAUCAGGUUGCUAUCUUAGACAAGAUGGCAUCUUCACAAAAUGUUGAGCUGGAAGCUGCGAAGUUUCUGCACAAACUCAUUCAAGAAUCUAGAGACGAGCCAGCAAAAUUGGCUACAAAACUCUAUGUGAUAUUGCAACACAUGAAAUCAAGUGGGAAAGAACAUUCCAUGCCGUAUCAAGUAAUUUCGAGGGCCAUGGAGACUGUCAUCAAUCAACAUGGUCUUGAUAUUGAAGCUUUGAGGGCAUCACGCCUUCCUCUGACUGGUGGAACUCAGAUGGGUGAUUCUUCAACUGCACAAUAUGCGGUUGCAGGUUCUUCCAGUGUCGCUGGUGCUGCUAAAGAUUCCAAAAUGGAUAUAUCUGGAAGUGAGAUGACCAAAAGUGGCCCACUUGCUUCAAGCAAGCCACCUGUUGGCCCAAGUAGUACAGAUCACGAUUAUUAUCCUGGAUCCACAACCCAUCGAAGUGGUCAAUCUUUUGAUCAAGAAAGUCCGUCUAGUUUGGAUUCAAGGUCUGCCAACUCACAGUCACAAGAGAAGCAUGAUUCAGUGAAUUGGGACAAGCAAUUAAAUGACAAGGAUGGUAAGAAGGGCAGCAAGAAAAGGAAGAAGGUGGAUACAUCAGUUCUGGAACCAUCUAGUGACAAUACUCAUCAACUUGAUACACGCAGUUCACUGGUUAAUCCUAGGAAUGUAAAGACGAAUAGGGUUGAAUCACCGGCAUAUUUAGUUAAAGGAGGCAAUAUUGAUCAGACAAAAUAUGGACUAACAAAAGCUGCUGAAAAGCUUAUUGACCCUCAAAGUUAUUCUGUAAGCCGAGGCGAUGGGAUAUCUACCUCCAGUGAAAAAGUUAUGGAGUGUGAACUACCUAUGUCUAGCACAUCAUCAGUUGAUGCUACAAAGAUGAUCCAGGGCGCAUGGCGGAACAAUGCACCUGAAAUGAAUAUGAUACGCAAUCCCGUUUCUAGAGAAGCAGGAAAGCUCCCUGUUUCUCAGGUUCCUACCUCUUCCCAAUCUCGUUUGCCUUUCAAGGAACAACAAUUAAAGCAACUUAGGGCUCAGUGCCUUGUGUUUUUGGCAUUCAGAAAUGGUUUAAUGCCAAAGAAACUGCAUCUUGAAAUUGCCCUUGGGAAUAAUUUUCCGAAAGAAGAGGGGCUUCGCAAAGAUGUCGAUCCUAGAGGCAUUGCUCAAUCAUUUAAUGAGGCCAGAAGUACCACUGAAGUCAUGAUGGCAUCAGGAAAAUUGGAUGCUGCAAGGGAAACAGGAAUUGUGGCCCCAGGCGCCAUAUCUGCUGGAAGAAUCUACGAGGCCGACUCCAUGAAAGAAGUAGAUAAUAGGGAAGUGGAGGAUAAAAAGGGUGCACCAUCUGAUUAUUUUGUUCAAGCAGAAGCAAGAAAACCAGAGGCUGAAGUAAUGCGGGAAAAAGCAAUUUCCCAAACAUGCUUGAGCUCUGCAUCACAUCCUUCUGACUUUUCAGGUGCAAGGGGGGUUUUAACUGUGAAUAAUCCUGUUGAGGAUUUGGAGAAUAGUAAUCUUCAAGCCACUGCUGCCGUGGGGAUGAGUAAGCCACUAAACCCUGAAACAGUUAGCUGGACAGGAAUUGGCAGCACAAAUGAGCUUUCUAGGGGAAGUCUACCAGCCUUUGCUGGUCAGCAUGAGCUGGUAGUUGAUAGGAAGAAUGACGUCUCUGCUCAGUUGCACACUGUUAGGAACAAUAGUGGUUUGGGGAGUCAAUAUAUUGAUAGUCAGUCUUCAUUUUCGAUGGGAGAGCGGUGGAAACCUAUCUCUGGGGCAUAUGAUCAAUACCAUGCUGCAAUGCCCUCUAGAGAUGCUAGUAUGAUCUCAAAUCUUGCAUCCCAUGAUGAUAUGAAUGUGCCCGAAUCCGAAUCUAGAUGCAACACAGAAGUGCAAAAAGUGUUAUCUAUUGAUGGAGGGAAAAAUAGCAGCCUAAAUUCUAUGGAACAAGAAGAUGAUGGUAAGUUAGUGCCAUCUGAUUUGUCGAAGUCUCCAAAGUACACCAUGUCAGAGAAAUGGAUAAUGGAUCGGCAGAGAAAGAAACUCCUAAAUGAGCAAAAUUGGUUACUGAAACAACAAAAAACUGAGAGACGUAUUGGCACUUGUUUUGAUAAGUUAAAGAAUACUGUCAGCUCGUCGGAAGAUAUAUCUGCAAAAACUAGAAGUGUAAUAGAAUUGAAAAAGCUUCAACUCUUGCAGCUUCAGCGCCGCCUCAGGAAUGAUUUUCUUAAUGAUUUCUUCAAACCAAUUUCAAAUGAGAUGGACCGCUUGAAAUCUUUCAAGAAGUAUAAACAUGGGAGGAGGAUUAAACAACUUGAGAAAUAUGAGCAGAGAAUGAAAGAGGAGAGACAAAAGAGAAUUCGGGAGAGGCAAAAGGAGUUCUUUGGUGAGAUAGAAGUUCACAAGGAAAGACUUGAUGACACGUUUAAAGUUAAGAGAGAGAGGUGGAAAGGUUUCAAUAAGUAUGCGAAGGAGUUCCACAAAAGGAAGGAACGAAUUCAUCGUGAGAAGAUUGACAGAAUCCAGCGUGAGAAGAUCAAUCUCUUGAAGAUCAACGAUGUAGAGGGGUAUCUUCGAAUGGUGCAGGAUGCAAAAUCAGAUCGUGUUAAGCAACUUCUCAAGGAGACUGAGAAAUAUCUUCAAAAGCUUGGAUCCAAGCUACAGGUGGCAAAAUCCAUGGCAACCCGAUUUGAGGACGAUAUGGAUGAUGGAGGAGAUGUGAAUGUUGCUGAAAAAAGUGAAGUUGCGAUUGAAAAUGAAGAUGAAAGUGAUCAGGCUAAGCAUUAUUUGGAAAGUAACGAGAAGUACUACCUGAUGGCUCAUAGUGUAAAGGAAAGCAUAGCUGAGCAGCCGACUUGUCUUCAGGGAGGAAAGUUGAGGGAGUAUCAGAUGAAUGGCCUUCGGUGGCUCGUUUCAUUAUAUAACAACCAUUUGAAUGGAAUACUUGCUGAUGAAAUGGGGCUUGGAAAAACUGUUCAGGUAAUUUCCCUAAUCUGUUACUUGAUGGAGACUAAGAAUGACCGAGGUCCCUUUUUGGUGGUUGUGCCAUCAUCAGUUUUACCCGGAUGGGAGUCGGAAAUCAACUUCUGGGCCCCUAGUAUCCUUAAAAUUGUGUAUUCUGGGCCUCCAGAAGAGCGGCGUAGAUUAUUCAAGGAGAGAAUUGUUCAUCAGAAAUUUAAUGUACUUCUGACCACAUACGAGUAUCUGAUGAACAAGCAUGAUAGGCCAAAACUGAGCAAAAUUCAUUGGCACUAUAUCAUAAUUGAUGAAGGCCAUCGCAUAAAGAAUGCUUCGUGCAAGUUGAAUGCUGAUCUGAAGCACUAUAAGAGUUCUCACAGAUUACUCUUGACUGGAACACCGCUACAGAACAACCUUGAGGAGCUGUGGGCAUUACUGAACUUUUUGUUGCCAAAUAUUUUUAAUUCAUCGGAGGAUUUUUCGCAGUGGUUCAACAAACCAUUUGAGAGUAAUGGUGAUAAUUCAGCUGACGAAGCCUUGCUUUCUGAAGAGGAAAAUCUUUUGAUCAUAAAUCGACUUCACCAAGUGCUUCGCCCGUUCGUUCUUCGGAGGCUUAAACACAAGGUGGAAAAUGAACUGCCAGAAAAGAUAGAAAGACUUGUAAGAUGCGAGGCUUCUGCAUAUCAGAAACUUUUGAUGAGGAGAGUAGAGGAAAACCUUGGAUCGAUAGGAAGUACAAAGGUCCGAUCAGUGCAUAACUCGGUGAUGGAGCUGCGUAAUAUUUGUAAUCAUCCGUAUCUAAGCCAACUUCAUGCAGAGGAGGUUGAUAAUUUGAUACCUAAGCAUUACCUGCCACCAAUUAUAAGACUCUGUGGAAAGCUUGAGAUGUUAGAUAGAAUAUUACCAAAGCUAAAAGCAACUGAUCAUCGGGUUCUCUUCUUUUCCACCAUGACUAGACUGCUCGAUGUUAUGGAGGAAUAUCUUCACUGGAAACAGUAUCGAUAUCUACGAUUGGAUGGACAUACAUCUGGGGGUGAUCGUGGUGCACUGAUCGAAUCAUUUAAUCAGCAAAAUUCUCCCUAUUUUAUAUUCCUUCUCAGCAUUCGAGCUGGUGGUGUGGGAGUGAAUCUCCAAGCUGCUGAUACAGUGAUUAUCUUCGAUACAGACUGGAAUCCACAGGUUGAUCUACAGGCACAGGCCAGGGCUCAUAGGAUUGGCCAGAAGAGGGACGUGCUUGUUCUUAGAUUCGAAACAGUUCAAACGGUGGAAGAACAAGUGCGAGCUGCUGCGGAGCAUAAACUAGGCGUCGCUAACCAGAGUAUUACAGCCGGUUUUUUUGACAACAAUACAAGUGCUGAAGAUCGUAGGGAAUAUUUGGAAUCUCUUCUACGCGAGUGUAAGAAAGAAGAAGCUGCACCUGUACUAGAUGAUGAUGCUCUGAAUGAUCUCUUGGCACGCAGUGAGUCAGAGAUUGAUGUGUUUGAAACGGUCGACAAAGAACGGCGAGAGUAUGAGAUGGCCACAUGGAAGAAGCUGGUACCUGGUCAUGGAAGUUCUGAUCCUGUUUCUUCCAUGCCUUCACGUCUUGUAACAUAUGAUGACCUGAAAGUAUUCUAUGAAACAAUGAAGAUAACUGAAGGCGUAACAAAAGCUGGAGAGGUUGCCCAUGUAGGGGUAAAGAGGAAGAGUGAUCCUGGAAGCCUUGACACCAUACAUUAUGGGAGGGGGAAGCGGGCAAGAGAGGUGCGAUCCUAUGAGGAACAGUGGACUGAGGAGGAAUUUGAAAAGAUGUGCAAGGUCGACUCACCUGAAUCCCCCAGGUCAAAGGAGUCUGUGGCAGGAGAACCAUCAGGUAGUAUUAGUGGAUCUGUUGUAGCAGCUGUUUUGAAGACAGAAGUUUCUGCUUCCUCUCCUCUGCCUCCUAUUCAGCCAAUGCCUCAGCAUCAAACACCACCUUCGAAGCGAGGUCGUGGAAGACCAAAACGAUUGGGUGCCGAUAAGUUGCCUGCUCCAGUGGUUCCUCCAUCUCUUUCUAUAACAGCCAAAGUGGAGACAGGGUUAGAAGGAGAAACUAUUUCAAGCAUUUCUAAAACAGGCAGUCUAGAUUCUUUGCCUAGUCAAGGAAUGAUUGAUCAACAUGCUUCAGGGGCUGCACCAAGUUCUCAGUUAACUACCUCAGUGCCUUGUAUGAUUCCUGCCUCCGAAUCAGCUCCAGCUUGCUCCCCAGCACCAGUUCAAGUGAAAGGCCACGGUCGAAAAACUCAAACAGGACAAGAAGCUCCUCGAAGAAGGGGGAAAAAACAGGGGCUGGUGCCACCUCCUGUUUCUGGCAGUCUAUCCUCCUCCACAAACCCAGUGGCAGGUCAAGUUAAUGUAGCAAACGACAUCGUUUCUAAUGCUUCUGCCACCCAGCUUCCCACUCAUCUGCCAGGUUCUGCCCCUUCAAAACCUGUCACUGGACCUAAUGAUCAGCCUACCAUUGGGGUUUCAUCAAAUUUGGAACCUAGUCCUGCUUUGCCUUCUGUGGAUUCUAUCUCUCAAUUUGCCCCUCAUUCCAAUUCACAACCUAGAGGACAAAAUCGAAAGACUCAGAAUGCUGCUGGAGCACCACGACGUAGAGGAAAGAAACAGGCAGCAGCAACUCCUGCAUUGCCUAACACCGUGGCUGGUUCUAGUCUAAGUUCAAAUGAGGCUGCUGUUGAUUCUUCAAAAAAGGCUGCUGUUGUCACUACUACUAAAGAAGAUACCGUCAGUCAGGUAACCAAUAUUAUCUCUGAGGAAUUGACCCAGAAACCUGAUGGAAUCACUAUACAGGACGUGGAAUCUACUAAACCAACAAAUAAUUCCAAUCAGGGCAAGGAGACAGUGAGCUUAUCAACUUCUGGUAGUACCGUGGGACCACAAGGGUCUACCGAACAGAAUCAAAAUACUGAUUCACGUGGCAUUUCUAAUAUGACCAAGGAGGCUUCUUCUGGAGAUUGCACAGUCAAAGCAAGCCCCUCUGAGCAUUUGAGUGGCGCUGGUGCUGCCCAGGACGCAACUGUAAGAAAAAAUAGUGUCAAUGAGACAUUGAAAAGCCAUAGUUUGCUGGACACACCUCAUCCAGUUACAUCAACACCAGAAACUGCAGUUCCGACAUGUAGUCCUCCAGCUGUUUGUUUACCUAGUUCUGUUGCUGUGGAGAUGAGUCCCAAAACUAUAAUAGAUGUUGCUCCAGAGGCUGUUUCUAGUUCCCAACCAAUCCAUUCACUCCCAUCAGUGGCUUCAACCUUGCAAUCUCCCUCUCAAUGUCCACCACCUGGACACGUGCAACCUAAACGGCAAGGUCGUAAAACUGCAAAAAACAAGGAAGAGCCCCCUCGGCGUAGGGGAAGAAAAUCGGCCUCCUUUACUCCUGUCAUUCUUGAGGAUUUAGCUAGCAAUGAAGCUAAAGGUUUGAAUGUGCACGUGCAGCCAGGGCAAUUGGGGGAUUCAAGUGUUAAAGACACAUGCCUAAAAGGUAAAACUGGGACUGAGAAUCAAGUAUCAACCAAUGUUCAGAGUGUCGCAGGUGUUGCCCAAAUUAUAGAAACUGUGCAUUCCCCGGGUCCGAAAAGAAAGGAGCAAGCACCCAAAUCUUCCCAACACAAACAGCUGUUGACAUCAUCAACAAAAAUUGAUGUUACUGGAGCCUUGGACAGGACCUCUGUAUCAGGUCGUUAUCAAACUGCAAACGUAAAUGAUGUUGCUCGAGUAAUGAAGGAGGUCUUCUCUGGAACUUGCUUGCCGAAAGCUAAAGUUGGAGAGUCUUCUGGGAAAGAAAACAAGGAUGCCCCUGCACCGCCUCUUUUGAGCAAUCCGUCUGUGGAGGUGAUCAAAAAUGAUAAAUCAGAGGCUACUUUAGCUACAGUUUCGAAUUCCAACAUUCCAGUUGAGGCCCAUGAAAAGGAAUCUUUAGUUACAACUAGUGAAAUAAGACCAGAUUUUGCAAAUGCUCCAGAAGAAUGUAACAUUUUGAAAAUCAAUGAUGGAAAUUCUGAAAGUACGAAGGCCAAUGUGAUAGAUAAAUUGGUUGAAUCCAGAGAAACAUCUGCCAGAUGCUCAACUGUGGUUGGUGGCUCUGGAAUUUCAUCAUGCUUCAACGAUGCUGACCAUAAUCCCCUGGAUGCCUCACCUAUUUCCUCAAGUCUUGGUGAUUCCAGUGCAUCAAAGGCUCUUAAGGUGAUGGACGAUGUAUCGCCAAACGAAACAAACCCUGUUGGUGAAGUUCCCUCAUCUUUGAAUGAUGGUGAAAAUCACCCUGCUUCUUCGUUGCCUGUCCCUUCUGAUAGCAGUCACACUAAUAUGAUAACUGCUCCUUGUACGACUCAAAUGGAUAUUAAGAACAUGCCAGAGCUGUCUUUGGAAGAGUCUCCUGCAGCAACUACUGUUGAUAAUACCAGAGAAAAUGCAGAAAUAUCUGUCAACCAACCUGAUCACAGAGAACUGUCUUCUGAUAUAAGAUUGAAGACUCUUGACAAAGACAUUAUACCUUUUGUGGACUGUCCCAGUGAAGCGUCUUCUGAUGUCACGAAGAAAACUCUUGACGAUGAAAAAAUACCUUCUGUGAAAGGCUUCUCAGAACCAUCUGAAUUUGAUGAUACAAGCCUUGAAUGUCCUGCAAAAUCGAGAAUUGACUGUUCCCCUGAGAAGAUGGGCACGGGUUCUGGCAAAGAUGAUAACCCCAAAUGUUCUGCUGAAGUUGCAGUUGAAUUGAUCGAAGCGUCUAACAACGCAGUACUUGAUCUCACAGCUGUUGAAACUUUAAGAGCAAGAUCUCCUGGCCAAGAUUGCCCCAGUCUAUCUCCUGAUACUGUGAAUGAAAUGGUGUCUGUUUGUGAAGCAGACAAGAUGGAAGUGGAUCUUAGACCUGUAGUUGUUGUUGAAACCUCGACAGAGAAUCCUAGUCAAGACUGUUCUUAUAUACCUCCAGUUGUGACAGGCGAUUCCAGUUUGAAUGAGUCGGUGCCUGACAUGGAAGAGUCCAGGCCAGGUUCUCAGGAGAACAGUGGCAGCCAAAGUCUCUCUAUUCGUCAUGAAAAUUGUGAUCAUUCAGGUGUUACAAUAUUUAAAGAGAGUUCUGGUGCACACAUGUCAGGUGCUGAACUUGAAGUUCAAGGACGCCUUUCUGUAACUACCAUGGAUAUCGAGAGUAAACAUAAUGACAUUUUGCUUCAGAAGAGUUUUCUGGGGAGGUCUAGUGGUUGUCUAGAUCAUUCUAACACAGGUGCACCUGAUAUAGUGGAGCAAACAUCAGCAAAUAAAUUAGAGCUUGCUUCAGAAGAGUUGCCACAUUUUCCUACAUCUGAUGAUGGAAUCGUUGAAGUCCAUGAAGUUUCUGCUGGAAAACCUGAAGAUUCAGAUAUAGCUAAAUCUGAUAGAGGUUCUUCUCCGGAGUUUGAUCCGAAAACUGAUGUUGAAGAUCAGAAAGCACCAGAAUUAAAUGAUAGUAGUAAUUGUAUGCCGGAGGGGAAUUUGAAUGUACCAGAUAAUGUGGAAAACAAAGUGGAAGACAAUGUUCAAUCUGUUAAUCCUGUGGAUGUUCCUGAGCCAAUUCCUCUGAUCCAGGAUAGUGAAGCUAACAAAACCGACAACCAUGGUACGUUCCUCAUGGAUAUGGACAUCUCGAGAAAUGACGAUCUAGAUGAAUCAGAUGGUGGUGGACUAAUCCCUGCUGGUAUUUCACCUUCAACAACAGAGAGAGAAAAUGAAUCCAAAAGUUCUGAUGCUGUUGUUCAAAUGGACGUUUCUGAUGGAGAACGUGUACUAGAAGAUACAACUGAUAAUAUGGUCGUGCCAUCACCUUCGGUGCAGGGAGAGGAAGAAAAUUGUUCUUUAACGUCUGUGGUAAAUCAAGUUGAUGGUUUAGGGAACCUAGAGGAAACGGAAAAUAUCGGAGUUGAUGCUAAUCUUCCAGUGAUUACGUCUCAGGAUGAUGUUAUGAUUUCAGCAAACCUUGUGCAAGAAAGUAUUGCGCUACAAGGAGGAAAGAUUGACGGAUCUGGUGAGAUAAAUCGAGGGUCUCCUAUCGAGAAAAGGCAAUCUGAUCAUCAAGUUGAGGACGUUCCUGUUGAUCAUAUGGAAGAAGAUAAAUCUGGAAAUUUGGCCGAACCUUUAUCUUCCUCACAAGUUGAGGAAACAAAUUUGAUGUUGCCCAAUACAACUUUAGAUAAUUCAGGUGACCAAACUAAUGUACCUGUAUCCUCAUCCACAGUGACAGACACAGAAAAUAUUGGUUCUUCAAAGGAUGAUCUGUAUGACUGCACGGUCGCAGAUUCAGUAAAAGCUCUCGACGAUAGUGAACAAUUACAGAACAAGCUAUCAGAAGUUUCGGUUGUGCUUGCUUCAUCCAACAGGAAUGAGGACUCAACUCCAAGGGAUCCCAUCAGCUCUCCAAUCUCUCUGGAGGGGCCACCAAGUGAUCAUCAAAUGAGUAGUGACCAUAUGGUUGCAACACAGGAUAACAUUGUUUUGUCAGAAAACAUGUCAUCUGUUGCGUUAGCUGAGGAAGACAAGCGGCAAACUUCCUCCGAGAAAACGUUUUCUGAUAGUGCAGAGCCGUUGGAGGAUUGCGAGGAUUCUGAUAAUAGAAAUGACAAAUUGGACGGCGCUCAUGUCAUCAAGGAACAGCUUUUAAGCAUCACUGAAAACCUUGUCUCCAUUGAUCUUUCCGAUCAUCUUAUAGUAUCAAAGAAGGAAGCUUUAGCUGGUGAUCAGAUUAAUGUUCCUCAAACUGGGGAGUCUGUACCUGUAAACGCAGUUGAUACGCUAAACCAGCCCCCACCUCCAACAACCAUAGAAGACGAAAAGUUUGAAGCCGCAUUUGACAGUGGUCGAAUUCCUAGCCCACCGCCACUGAAAGACGUAAAAGGUUUUCAGGCUGAAACAGAUUCAAUGAAUUCUUCUCAACCUGAUAGGAUUUCAGAAGAAAAUAUGUCAGGAGAAACAAUUUUGCCUUCGUCUCCUUUGUUGGAGGUAGGAGAAGCUAUAGUGCAACCUGGUGUGCAAGUUCAGAUUGACCAAACGGAUGCGUCUGAGGUGGGGGAGUUUUCUCUAAAGAGGGCUGUAACGGAAGCAGCCAGUCCUCCAACCUCUCUACCCGAAGAAGAUAAAAGCUUGGAACGCACGCCAGUUUCGAGUCUGGCUGAUAGUGCCAUUGCAGUUGCAGAAACAGUUGUAUGCGAUGAAGCUGAUGUAUCCACAGAAAAUGGAAGCUGUCUACCGGCUGGUGCCUCAUCUGUUGUGCAAUAUCCGGCUGAUAGCAUUGCAGAUGUAGAAAUGGCCAUGUCCGAUCAAGCUGAUGUUCCUCCAGUCUGCGACACGGUGCUGAGUUCGGCUGAUAGUGCCACCGCAGUAGAAAUGGACAUAUGUGAUCAAGUUGAUGUUCCUCCAGUUUGUGACGAGGUAAAGGGUUCAGAAGAUACUGCUGCCGUAUGUGAUCAAGUUGAUGCUCCUCGAGUUUGUGAGGCGGUAAAGGGUUCAGAAGAUACUGCUGCCAUAUGUGAUCAAGUUGAUGCUCCUCGAGUUUGUGACAUGGCGAAGGGUUCAGAAGAUACUGCUGCCAUAUGUGAUCAAGUUGAUGCUCCUCGAGUUUGUGACGCGGAAAAGGGUUCAGAAGAUACUGCUGCCAUAUGCGAUCAAGUUGAUGUUCCUCAAGUUUUUGACGCAGUAAAGAGUUCAGCUGAUACUGCUCCCAUAUGUGAUCAAGUUGAUUCAUCUUCUCCAGCUUCCGAGUUAGCAAAGGAUCCAGCUGAUAGCGCCACAGCAUGUGAUCAAGUUGAUGUUCCUCCAACAUUCAACACGGUGCAGGCUCCAACUGAUAGCACCAUUGCAGUUGCAGAAACUGCCAUAUGUGAUCAAGUUGAUGUUCCUCCAACAUUCGACACGGUGCAGACUCCAACUGACAGCACCAUUGCAGUUGCAGAAACUGCCAUACGUGAUCAAGUUGAUGUUCCUCCAACAUUCGACACGGUGCAGACUCCAACUGAUAGCACCAUUGCAGUUGCAGAAACUGCCAUACAUGAUCAAGUUGAUGUUCCUCCAACAUUCGACACGGUGCAGACUCCAACUGAUAGCGCCAUUGCAGUUGCAGAACCCACCAUAUGUGAUCAAGUUGAUGUUCCUCCAGUUCAUGACUCGGUACCAGAAAAUAAAUCUGCAAAUUUGGACCUGCCUCCUGGAUGUUCGGCAGCGGAAGAUGAAAGCGGGGAGCGGUCACCAGAAGAGACUCCAGUUAUCAAGAAUUCAGUUGAAUCACCAAAGCAAAGUGAGUGAAGGUAGAAUUCUUCUGUACAUUUUUUGUAUUCCCCUGGUAUCCGAGUUUUUAUCCGACAGGGGAGAUCGUAGCUUCAUUUUAUACAGAAUCCCUGCUAUCACAAUUAUGGCUUAGGUUGCCCUUCUAUAUAAUUAUUCAUGACAUUUUCUGGUUCUCUUGGGAACCCUUGAUACUUAACUGAACAACCAAACCUCCUCCACAUCGUCCCUUUACCUGUAAUCUGGGUAAGUGUUGACAGAACUUACAAUCAAGAAAUUCUAACAAGUUUUCAAUACUAUUACAUAUCUUGGCAUU